CCUAGAACAACGCCCCACAAAGUAUCCCGACAUAGUAUUUUUCACCUCGCAUCUCGGGACCUUUACUGUGUUAGUAGCAGAGAGAGUACUUCCACAUUCUACCGUUCAUAUUUAUUAUUCCUCCAACCACCAAUAUCCAGGCUUUUGAAGAACUCCCAGUUCAAAUAUCAACAUCAACAUGUCAUCGGCAACUCAAGUCAAGUCCUUCCGCGAAAUGCUGGGCGCACCAACGCUCACGGCCUCGCCCACGGAUAGCACAUUGAUCAUCAUCGACGCCCAGAAUGAAUACGCCGAGGGCCACCUCAAGACCGUCAACGUCGAAUCCACCCGCAAGGCCAUCGCGUCGUUGCUGGAAAAGUACCGCAGCGCUGGCGACGGGAAGAACAUUGUACAUGUCGUGCAUAAGACUCCUGAAGGAGCACCCGUGUUUACCCCCUCGACCGCACUGGCCGAGGAAUUCACCGAACUCACCCCUCGCGCUGGCGAAAAGGUGAUCCAGAAAGAACUGGUCUCUUCCUUCGCCGGCACCGACCUGCACGAAUACCUGUCCAGUCUGGGCGAGCGGGGCAAAAAGGCCGUGUUGACGGGAUACAUGGCGCACGUCUGCGUCAGCACCACCGCCCGCGCGGGUGCCGAUUUAGGGUAUAACAUCGUCCUGGCCGGUGAUGCGAUUGGCGAUCGUGACAUUCCCGGCUUCUCGGGCGACGAGGUGACUAGUGCCGUGCUCAAAGAGCUGGGUGAUGCUUUUGGAACGGUCGUCAGAAGUGAGGAUGUAAAAUAGUCCAGUCAAGACAAGACAAGAUAAGACUGCCAUCAUCUUUUUUUGUCCUUUUUGGGAAAGAUAA